CCUCGUUCCAUUGAUUCUCCCAUAACUCCAUCUUCUCCUCUUCUUCUUCUUCUUCUUCUUCUUCUUUCGAUUGUUUAACCUUGAUUUGACGCCAACUGCGAUCGCCCCUCGCACCGCAGACACUGUCGACCAGGUCCCACCACUCGGUUUCUCCUCAUUUCCUCAGCUCUUCUUGGCUUUAGGGUUUCGAGAUCCGAAUCCGAUCGCAGCUGUAAUUUUGUCCCGGAAAGUGGUGAUUGAUCAGCGGGAGUGGCGAGAUGAGCGAAGUCUUCGAAGGGUACGAGCGUCAGUACUGCGAGCUCUCGGCCAACAUCUCCAGAAAAUGCAGCUCCGCCUCGCUCCUCGACGGAGAGGAAAGAAAGCAACAGAUAUCUGAAUUAAAAGUUGCACUUGAUGAAGCUGAUGGGUUGAUACGAAAAAUGGAUCUGGAUGCUAGAACUUUGCAGCCAAGUGUCAAGGCAAUGCUUCUUGCUAAGUUGAGGGAAUACAAGUCUGACUUGAAUAAUCUGAAAAGAGAAGUUAAAAGGAUGUCAUCUCCUAAUGCAAACCAGGCUUCACGCGAAGAAUUGUUGGAAGCUGGAAUGGCAGAUGCACAUUUGGCUUCAGCUAAUCAAAGAGAGAGAUUGGCUUUCUCGACAGAGAGAUUGAACGACUCUAGUGAGAGGAUAAAGGAGAGCAGAAGAACCGUGCUAGAGACGGAGGAGCUCGGUGUCUCCAUACUCCAAGAUCUACACCAGCAGCGCCAGACUCUCCUGCAUUCUCAUAACAAGCUUCAUGGGGUAGAUGAUGCCAUAGACAAGAGCAAGAAGAUUUUGACGACUAUGUCGAGGAGGAUCACCAGGAACAAGUGGAUCGUUGGUGCAAUAAUUGGCGCUCUUGUCUUUGCCAUUAUCCUAGUUCUGUACUUCAAGUUUUCUUGAUGAUGCACCACCAAUUCCCAUGCCCUGCUAUCCUUGUGCUUAAUAAACCUGUUGUACAUAGAGUAAUCAAAACAAUGGUCAUUGCGUCCCUACGAAUCUUAGAUCUGUUGUGACUUUCUUGCUUUCUCUUUGUAUUUUUUGGGUUCAUUGUUGUUCA